AUGGGUUGCAUCAGUUCCAAACAUGAAGUUAGGUCUUCAAGUUAUCACGGACGUCCGCCGCAGGGUCCUUCACUGAAGAACCAUGGUCACCAGAUUGAUCCAUCGACCAAAAUCAAGGACGAAAAGAAGAAUCACGUUGGUAUCGAUGGUGAAUCUUCAAAUUUGAAAUUUGGAAGAUUAAGUGAAGCAGAACUGGUUGCUGCUGGAUGGCCUUCGUGGCUUAGUGAAGUUGCAGGUGAAGCCAUUCAUGGUUGGUUGCCAUUGAAAUCCGAUACCUUCCAAAGAUUGGAAAAGAUUGGGCAAGGCACAUACAGUAGCGUUUAUCGAGCACGCGACACCAAGACCGGUAGAACGGUGGCACUGAAGAAGGUGCGGUUCGACAAUUUGCAACCCGAGAGCGUGAAGUUCAUGGCUCGAGAAAUCACAAUUCUCCGAAGGCUUGACCACCCAAACGUCAUGAAACUCGAGGGGAUAAUCACAUCCCGAUUAUCACGUAACAUAUACUUUGUGUUCGAAUAUAUGGAGCACGAUCUCUCGGGACUUUUGUCAUCCCCCGACAUCAAGUUCAGCGACUCCCAGAUUAAAUGCUAUAUGAGGCAAUUAUUGAACGGUAUCGAACACUGCCAUUCACUAGGAGUUCUACAUCGUGACAUCAAAACGGCAAAUAUUUUGGUGAACAACGAAGGGCUUCUGAAGAUUGCCGAUUUUGGUUUGGCGAACUUCCACGCUCCAAGGAGCAAGCGGUCGUUGACUAGCCAUGUGGUGACUUUGUGGUAUCGGCCUCCCGAACUCCUCUUGGGGUGCACGAGAUACGGGAUGUAUGUUGAUCUUUGGAGCAUCGGGUGCGUUUUCGCCGAGCUCUUUCUUGGCCGACCGAUCCUAAAGGGGCGUACGGAGGUUGAACAAUUGCACAAAAUAUUCAAGCUUUGUGGCACGCCUGCCGACGAUGGCUACUGGAACAAGUCGAAACUUCCGCUUGCAGCGAUGUUUAAACCGCAUCACGCUUACGAGAGUACGCUUCGGGAAAGAUGUAAGGACCUCCCGGAAACCGCGGUUGACCUUCUCGACACUUUCCUUUCAGUAGAGCCUUGCAAGCGUGGGACGGCUAGAUCCGCCCUUCGAUCCGAGUAUUUCAAUACGAAGCCGUAUGCGUGCGAUCCCGCAAGCUUGCCGAAGUACCCACCAAACAAAGAGAUCGAUGCAAAGAUCCGUGCUGAAUCCUGUAGAAAGAAUCCCGUUGGCAGCAUAGUUCGGGCAUCGGGAGCUUCGAGAAAUCCGACACGAGCCCGGAAAACUUGCCGAGAACAAGCCGCUUUCGGUAAAGCAGUUCCUCCUACCGAGGUGAAGGCCGGUGGCAGCAGUGGUGGUGGUGGUGCGUAUUCAUGUACGUCUAAAGGAUCGACAAAAGCAUCGUGCGACACAGGGUCUGGAUUUUCCCGAACUACAGAAAAAGGGUCUCAACUGGACGGCAUUCGUGCACUAACCAUACAGGCUGCGGCUUCAGAUGGCGGUUUCGUGUGGGAAACAAGAAGGCGGAAACAUGGCGGUGGUCCGACUCCGGUAAGUAAAAACGAGGCGGCAGUGGCGGUGUUCGGCCGGCCGAUGGUUGCCUGA